AUGCCUUUCCCACUCGACGCGCACGUCCUGACUGUGGACACCAACCUUCUGCACAAGGUCGACACAUCUAACCCACAGAACCUCUACAGCAUGUGGACUGUCUUUGCCCGUUGCGCAGAGUCCCUCGAGCAGGGUCGCAGGCUAGAGAACAUCAGCUGGCGUCUCUGGAACCGCGAGACCUUCUGCUGCGCGACAGACGAGCAGACUCCCGCCUACACCGCCACCAGCCUUCCCCGCGAGAUCACCGCCGACGCCAGGAUACCCGACGUCCCUCAGCUCUCUGGCAGCCUCGACUCCGUCAUGGACGAGGAAGCCGUUGACUUUUCCGAAGAGUCCGGCCUCGACAUUGUCCGCCCCAGGAUACAGAGGCAAGACUCAUGUGCCAGCAGCCGCAGCCGUGGCCGCGAGCGCCACAUUACCGCCGACGGCUUCGAGAAGAUUGUCGUUUCCAUCAUCAACGAGAAGGAGCCACUCUCCGCCCCUCUCCCCUACAUUGCCUCUCCCUACCUGGCCGCCAAAAAGGCGUCGCCCUCGUCCAGCCCCAGCUUUGAGCGCUCCGGAUCUACCACCACCGAGUCGCGCUCUAAGUCCUCCGAGGGCGAGCAGGAGCCAUCCCGGGAGCCCACGUCCCUGGAGCUUAACUCGCGCACCACCGUCGUCCGCGGCUUUUCUCCUUCCCAGGGCUCGCUGACCCGCACCAUCAUGGAGACUCCCCGCAGCAUCCCCGCCACCCUUCUUCCCGAGCCCACAUCCGAGCCUGCGGCCAAGAACGUCAUGGCCAAGAAGCAACCCGUCUUCGUCAUGGGUGGCUCUUGCUCCAGCAGCGAGCAGGAUAGCCCCAAGAACACCCGCGCUGUCCCCGCCCCCCAGGUCAAGCGCAAGAUGUUCGCUCUCGGUGGCUCCUCUGAGGAGGACAGCUCUGUCAAGAGCGCACUCGCCUCACCCCGCCCCAACGGCCUCCUCAACCCUCAGAAGAAGCAGGCCUCGUUCAGCGCUCAGCUCGUCACUCGCACCAUUGACAACGACAGCGCCGUCGCCGACGACUCGGACACCGACUACGUCGACGAGAGCGCCAUUGAUGACGACGAUGACUCCUCCGACUGGGAGGACUCGAUCGAAGACAGCGGCCGUUCCAGCAUGGACGACAAGACGCUCUUCCAGCGCGUCGACUCCAAGGUCAACCUCACUUCGCGCCGCUCACUCAUCUCUGUCAUGUUCGCCCAGAACGAUCGCGCAACCAAACUGAGCAACAUUGCUUCGCAGUCGACUUCGGCGCUGCCACGUGCGUCGCGUCUUUCACAGACGCACGCUGUGGCCGGCUCGCCCAACGACUCGGACGAGGCCCCUCUGAUGAUGAAGAAGGGUGUCCGGUCUUCGCCUCUCAAGCCCAUCAACGAGAUUCCUCGCUCCACUGCCCAGCCCAUCGCCACCGUGGCCAGCCACAGCCACCUCCAGGCCCAAGCCGCACUGUCGCCCCGUACCACGCGCCGCAACAUGCUGGCCACCGAACUGACAGAGUCUCUGCGCCGCAACCUGCUCUGGGAGCGUCAGCAGAAGAGCUCCACCGCCAACGCGGUCCUCAAGCGUCGCCACACGUCCCACGACGUUGCCAACCUCAAGCAGUAUCCCGAGAAGGCAUACAUGAACAAGGGCGAAGACUCCAACCCCAACAACCAGUACUUCCAGAAAGAGACCCAUGGAGGCUAUCACUCCAAGGGUUGGUAA